AAUCGCGCUGGGCGGAAGAGGAGGGCCUUUGCUUCUGGCGGUAGAUACGGACUGAUACGGCAUGGCUCAGGCUGAGCCCGAGGAGCUCUCGUUGUUGUCGGAGGUGGAGGGCUGGGAUCCAGAGGCGUGCCGUCACCAGCUCUCCGCCGCCCUGCCGCGCCUCCUCUCUUUGUAUCAGGCAACUGACAGUGGGACUCAUCAUAUUUAUGUCUUAAGGAUUCUGACAGAGAGAUUUCUACCUCACAUAAAUCUUUCAGAAUUGGAGAAAGUCUUUUUCUCCAAAAUAUUGCCAAAGGCAGUACAAUUAUUUGAUCUUUUGUUAUAUGAAAUAUCCGAUGAAGCCAAAAGACUAACAAACAAGAAUGUACAGUUAAAGAUGACAUUGAGAAACCAUCUGCAGGCCCUGAUACAUAUGUUAGAAGUAUUAACGGGUUGCGUGCAACACAUUUGUACUACACAGGAGAUGGUACCCUUAGAACAUGUCUAUAGUCUUCCAUCUUCUGUUCUUCAUGUAAUCAAGAACACAUUUAUACACUGCAAGAACAGUGAAUCUUUAUAUGCUGAGUGUCUCCAUGUGGUUUCUGAUUUACUUCAGUCUUUGUUUAAGGGGGCCUAUAGUUUGCAAAAACAGCUUAUGAUGCUGCUUGAUAUUUUGUCUGUAAAUUCCUGUGCUACUGAAGACAGUAUAACAAUUAUGGCAUCAGUGAUUCACACUAUGCUGGAGAUCUGCUCUGCUAUUUCCAGCAUAGAUCAUGCACUUCAUGCAAACACGUGGAAGUUUAUAAUCAGGCAGAGUCUCAAGCACAAAUCCUUAAUAAAGGACAGUUUGAAACAUUCUGAUAUCUUUAGUAGCCUUUGUGAGGACAUCUUGUUUUCUUUCGAGUCUUGCUUGCAGCUGGCUGAACAAAUGAAGCUGUCUGGAACGCAGGAGAUUAUUGAUUACAAGAUAUUCCAGAGAACAAUCAAACUCUGUAGAUUCUUUGCCAAUUCUCUAAUGCACUACACCAAGGAGUUCACUUCAUUCCUGGUGGAUUCUUGCUAUCAGCUUCAUCAGACAUAUCUUCAAAUAUACAGGUUCCAUUCAAAGGGGUUAAGUCCGGAAAACAGCAUUAAGUUUCCACCGAGUCUUCAUGCUCUGGUGAUUUCUGAGGCUCAUCAGGAUGAAAUAGCCAGGGGAUUCCUAAUGUCACUGGAUUCUCUCCUCCUCCCAUUGCUUCCCUUUAGGCCUUUCCUAGAAGUCGUGUUAAGUAAAACUUUAGCUCUCUCUCCUGAGCUGUAUUUUCCACAGUGUCAGCUGCUUCUUUCUAUAAUGGACGUGUUACCAUCCCAGCCCCAUGAUGUGCAGACUCUUUGGAACAGUGGAAGUCAGUUCCCAGAAGAGUUUCCCAGGUUGUCCUUGUUUGCAGCCCUACUGCUCAGUCUUCGGCAGUGCUCUAGUGAGCUUUCCCUUCCUGUCUUCUUGCCAGGAGCAAUAGAGACAGAACAAUCUGAGGGUCCUGUCACUUUUUACCGCUAUGUAUGCAUCCACUUGUGUACCUUUAUAACAUCCCUCUCGGUUACACACUUCCAUUUACUGGAAUCCUCCCUGCUGGAAACUCUAUUAGGUCCAAGCAUGAUCAUGGCUGUCCUAGCUAUGGAUGUCUGGUGCUUCCUUGCCCGAUAUGGAACAGAAGACCUUUGUGCUCACCAUGCAUUUAUAAUAGCUUAUUUGAUAAAAGCUUGUCCUGCUGAAUGUUAUCAAGUCUCUCUCCUAGGGGUGCUAUUAAGACGUUUGCUCUUUCUGAUGGCCCCAGAUCACCAGUUAAAGUUCACCCAAAAGUUUCCUCCCAAAGAUACUGAGAACUUGCCACUGUGGCAACACCUUUCGCUCCAAGCUCUGAUACCACUGCACAGACACCAAGUUGCCCAUGAGCUUUUUGUGGCAGGACUUGCACGAUGUCAGGGGUGGUUGAAUAGUGAAAAGUCAUUGAAUGAACUUCCACAAGUGAACUCAGCUCUCUCAGCCUUGCUGUCUAUGUGCCAGAGUGCUAGGGAGACCCUGGAGGUGGAAGAGCAAGCAGCACUAGUGGGAGCUCUUGGCCAGAUUGCAGUCCAUCUGCCAGCUACACAGGUAUCCAGUGUAGCCUGUUUCCAGCAGAUGUUUUGCUUCAUACUUCAACUUCUCCAGCUUUUCAUUGAAAGAUUGGAACCACAGUUGCUAAUUCAGAUACUUUCACUACAAACUUCCCUUCUGCAACUGAAUUCCCCUGAUCGUGUUGUGAUUGCAGUCUUAGAUUUUCUUUCUUCAAUGGGAAAACCUUUCAUUCCUCCAGAUUUCCAGGUUCAGUUUCUGUCCAAGUUGUCCUGUUUGUUUGGUUCUUUGCUGGCUAACAAUGGCUGGCUAAUACAACAGCAUGCCAUGGAGUCAUUCACUCAAUUUGCAGAGGGAACAAGCCAUGAAGAAAUACUUCAGAAAUGUCUGAACUCUACUGAAAUCAAAAGCAAAGUUGUUGGCUUUCUCUCCAAGACCAAUCACAUGGAGGAGACACCAAAAGCAAAAGUGGAUCGAAUGAAAGAAGAAAAUGCUCUUUUUAUGCACUUCUUCCAGGAGGCCAGAGUAGAUGGGCAAAGAGCUCUUAUUGGAGAGCCCUCCCCGAAGAGAACUUGCUAUUCACCCAGUGAGAUGCAAUACAAGUCAGCAAUUGACACUGCUGAGAGGACGCUAGACACCAUGAAGCAGUUGUUACAGAAAGGUCCACCCCCCACUUGGCUUGCAAAAAAAUUGGAAGCAUUGCAGACAACACUGAACAGCUUAAAGAACAGUAUAUGUUGGUCUGACCAAAGUGUCCUUUCUGGGUGAUUUUAGUACUGUACUGUACUGUAAAUGGAAGCCCCAUACUUAUGGCUUGAACUCACCCAGGCAGAACUAGUAGUAAUUCUGGAUCUAGAAAGUUGUAUGUUAACUUUAUGUUUAUAAUUUGUAGUGGCUUUCUAGCUGAAAAAUAUUGCAACUGAGCAAAAAUAAUGAUUAAAAAUGGCAUGUAUGCUAAUUCAUGCCAUUUCUUUAGUUUGUUUUUGUUGUCUUUACUACCAAAAUAUAAGAAUUACAAACAUAUUCAACAGUCCCCUUCAGGACAUUUUAUCUAGGAAAUAAACUGUCCAAAGAAGAACCAAGAUUUGCUGCUAUCCUGUGGUGUUUCUCUCCUGUCCUAAUUUAAUCUCAGAGUUACUCUACAAUUAGCCUUGUAAAAACAGUUGUCAUAGGAUUCUCUUGUAUGCCAAUCUGUAGAAUCAACAAACAUUUUGAAGCCUAAUUUUCUCAUAAAAAUAAGUUGCACAAAAAGCUAGUGAUU